AUGCAGGGAUUCUCCUCACAGAUCAGCAGCUCCUUUAAGCCCAUCGGCAACCGCCGUUGCCCGUUCCAACGCCCACAGAACCCACUCCAGGCGAUUCUUUCUCUCAGGUUGUUUCGGACGUACCACUGUAACAACGGGUUCUGCUGCGGUACCCAGGUGCCAGUCCGCAAGAGAGGACCCUCCUACUUCGGCCUCCACUUUAGCUUCCCUGACGAAAGGAGUCGUCUGCUGUUCGCCGGUAGAGCCGACGGCAACUCACCCUCUAAACGACGACCAAUGAGAUCUUCCUUCCCCGAGCCCAAUGGAGGUUCUCCAGGGAGCACAAGUUCUGCCUCACCUGAUGAUGCUGCCACCGGCAAUGCUGGCAAUGACGAGAACCCGCAACUUGCAGCCACAACUGUUGAGCGCUCAGCUGCGACGGUAGCAACAACACAUGCCGGUGAAGGCCGAAGUGGACCGCGGUCGAGGAACGGAUGUUGGACGUGCCGCACCAAGAAGGUCAAAUGCGACGAGCAGAGACCCAACUGUCAUCGCUGCAUGCGUCUGAGGCUGCUCUGCGAUUACGCACCCCGCUUCAAACUUCCCAAGAGAGGCAAAGCGCGCAAAGAUCGAUCUGUGCCGUCACAGCUCAUUAUGCCUUCGGCCUCGUCGGCUAUGUCGGCUGAAAGAGGCGGCGGCGGCGACAGCUCACCCAGCUGGCUACCAACUUGGGCGCAUGCCGCUACUUAUCUCAGCCAGUCCAAGUCUUUGUCACUCUUCAGCCCAGAGGCACCGGCUAUGGGGGUAUGCUCUCUGGAUCUCUCAUCCGCCGAUCACGAGGCGAUUCGACUGAUCCCAUGGUCAUGCAUGUGGUUCUUGCUCUUGGCGGGCGAGAACUGGAAUUCCGGCGAAACAAGGACACUGAAGAAUCUCGGGGGCCAGAAACUCCACUUCAGCACUAUUCCUCGGCGCUGCGGAUGA